UUUUUUUGCCUGAGGGGUUUUGCUCAGCGCCUCGUAACCGCCAAAUCCUACCUGCACUAACUCCUGACCGCCGAACCCGCCGCCACCACCACACGAGUCCUGGAGCCGGGGUUUUCGGGGCUUUGGAGACGCGCCGCAGCCGCCUCCCCCCUGCCACCACUCCCCCUCUCCCGCCGCCGGUGCACGCUGGCCGUGCCCAGCGCUGAGAGACUUUGUGCGCCGGGCGCGCUCCUCUGCUGAAACGCCGCGAGCAGGCGGAAAGCACUUGUGAACUGCGGGACCACAGCUGCUUCAGGGAGGGGGCAGAUCCGAGGUGGUGAGGAAAAAAAGCAGAGGGACAUUCUCCCCUCCAAAAAAUCCCAAACCCGUAACACACCAAGGAAAAAGCCAACUUGGACCGACGGCUCGCGGUGCGGCUUUUGCAGAAACUCUGUGUCUGACCGCGGGCGGCCCCGCCGCUGCCGUCGCCGCCGCCUCGAGGGGGAGAGGACCGCGCCGCCGGGGACGAGGCGCCGGUGUGGAAGUACAAGUGGUGCGCGGAGCAGGACCGCGGCCGCGGGGGGCUGCGCGGCCGGCUGCGCCGCCCCAGUACCGCUGUGAGAAGUUGCGCGCCCUGCCCCGCGCCGGAGCGGCGCUGAGCUCCGGCGAGCCCCGCGCUGCCGCCGCCGCGAUGGUGCAGCAGACCAAUACGGCGGAGAACACGGAGGCGCUGCUGGCCGCCGAGACCUCCGACUCCGGGGCCGGCAUCGAGCUGGGCAUCGCCUCCUCCCCCACGCCGGGCUCCACUGCUUCCACGGGGGGGAAGGCGGACGACCCGAGCUGGUGCAAGACGCCCAGCGGACACAUCAAGAGGCCCAUGAAUGCCUUCAUGGUGUGGUCGCAGAUCGAGCGGCGGAAGAUCAUGGAGCAGUCCCCCGACAUGCACAAUGCCGAGAUCUCCAAGCGCCUGGGCAAGCGCUGGAAGCUGCUCAAGGACAGCGACAAGAUCCCCUUCAUCCGGGAGGCGGAGCGGCUGCGCCUCAAGCACAUGGCGGACUAUCCCGACUACAAGUACCGGCCCAGGAAGAAGGUGAAGUCGGGCAACAGCUCCGCCAAGCCCGGCGACAAGGCGGACAAGGGCGGCGGGGGCGGCGCCGGCGGGGGCAGCGCGGGCGGCGGCAACGGCGGCUCCGCGGCCUCCGCCAAGCCCGCCCCGAAGAAGGGCGGCGGCGGCGGCUCCAAGCCCUCCCCCGCGGGCGGCGGCGCGGGCGGCAAGCCCCACGGCAAGGUAGCGGCGGGGGGCAAAGCUGCCCCCUUCCCUGGGGAGCCCCCGGCCGCGCUGCUGCCGCCCGAGCACCAGGCGCUCUACAAGCCCCGGGGGGCGGCGGGCUCGCCCUCGGGCCCCGGCAAGCCGCUGGCCGAGAAGAAGCUGAAGAGGGUCUACAUCUUCGGGAGUGGGCAGGCGGCGGCCGCCUCCGCCUCUCCCGGCGGCGCCGUGCCCGGCAGCCCCACGCUGAGUACCUCGGCAGAGGCCGGAGACCCCUUGAGCCUCUACGAGGAGGGGGGAGGUGGGGCGGGUCGGCCCGACGGGGACUGCGGCGGCGCUGCCUGCCCCUCGCCCUCCGGCUCGGGCUCUCCCUCGGAUCACCGCAGCUAUACCAGCCUGCGCGCCUCCUCCCCAGCCCCCUCCACGGCGCAUUCCUCCUCCGCGUCCUGCCACUCCUCCUCCUCUUCCUCCUCCGGCUCCUCUUCGUCGGACGACGAGUUUGAGGACGACCUCUUGGACCUGAACCCCAGCCCCGGCUUUGAAAGCAUGUCCCUGGGCAGCUUCAGCUCCUCGGUGCUCGACCGGGACCUGGAUUUUAACUUCGAGCCCGGCUCGGGCUCUCACUUUGAGUUCCCGGACUACUGCACGCCGGAGGUAAGUGAGAUGAUCUCGGGGGACUGGCUGGAGUCCAGCAUUUCUAACCUGGUCUUCACGUACUGAGGCAGGAGCCGGGCGCUGCAGGAGGAGGCACCGCCGGGCGCGUUUCUCGAGUUUGUUUUCCUUUUUCGUUUUUCUUUGUUUUCUUUUUUUUUCCCUUUCUCCCCUGCCUUCCCCGGGAAGGGACUGUUGAGGUUGCUGCUGGUGCUCGGGGAGCUGGGCGGCGAGAGCAGGGUCGCCCUCUGCUUGCGGAAAGGCCAGCAGUCCCCUUCCCCCAGCCGGAGACGGACCAGCACAAACACACCCCCCUCCUCCGACGUUGCCUUUUCAGAGACUGGCGAGAGCGAAAUGCUGCCUUUUCCCUUUUUUAUUUACUGAAAAGAGAGACGGAGAAGGGGGGGGGGAGAACCGCACACACCUCUGGGUUCUUUGUUAUUGCCCACUUUAUAUGAAUAAAGAGGAGGGGGGAGCCAUGCAUUGUGCUAAGCGCACGCUGGAGGUCUUGAGCAUUCGCCCUUUGGCGUGAAAGAGCGAGCUGAACUGCUUGGAAAAACGGAGAGAAAGAAAAGAACACAAAAAAAAAAAACAA